AAAAGGGGCUCAUAAACAAGAAGGCUAAAAACAAGAAGGCUAAAAAGGUUGUUUUUGCAGCGCCGGCGACCCCAACGUUAAAAAUUGAAAUGGCUGCGGCGACCCAAACGGUGAGCCUGAAACUCCUCAUAAACAAGAACGCUAAAAAGGUGGUUUUUGCAGAAGCAGAAAAACCGUUCGUUGAUUUCCUGUUCUUCCUCAUGUCGCUGCCACUGGGAACCGUCAUAAAACUUGUGACCCAGAAAUGCAUGGUGGGUGCCCUCGGAAAUCUCUACGGCAGCAUCGCCGAUCUCAGCGACACAUAUUUACAGCCCGGUACCAACAAAGACGCCUUCUUGAACCCAAAAGUGCCUGAUCUAUCGGUGGAAGUGCCACUUCUCACGCCGGCCCCCGCCGCCGCAUCUCCGGCGGCAAAGAAGGUUUACUUUUGUAGUGGCGUGCGCAACGGCUAUGGCUGCGGCCAGACCCGGUCAUACUCCGAUGACCCUACAACUAUAUGUCCCAGCUGUAGAAGUUACAUGAACGUUGAGGCGAGUAACAUUACUCCGGUCAAAGCGGCGGCGGCGGCGGAUUCUUCCAGUAAGGGUGAGGGAGGCGGGUUUGUGAGGGGUGUUGCGACUUAUAUGAUUAUGGACGACUUGAAGGUAAUGCCGCAGUCAACCAUUUCUACCAUUACCAUUCUGAAUGAGUACAAAAUUAAAAACUUUGAGGCUCUUGAGGUCAAGGUUGUUCAUCUGGAUGUCGGUGCGGGACUGAAGCUGUUGAAGGCUGCUUUACAAACUGAUUCUGUUCUCACAAAUGUCUUCCUUGCGAACUAGCUUAGGUGCAGUACUGGCUAGCUUAUUAUCAGUAACUAGCUAAUUGCAUCAAUAUCCAUGAGAUAAUUUUUUGAGUUUCAAUUUCAACUUUAACCAAAUGUGUGCAUUUCCUUGCCAGUGUGUACGAUUUCUGGUGCUGCAAUUCACUCUAUUUUUGGGACACUUUUAUU